UGGGCCGCCUCAGGCUGGGCGGGCCCCGGGAUGGUGCUCUGUCCGACCCUGUCCCGUCCCGGAUGGCCGCGAUCUCUCGGGCACCCGCGGGCCGAUGGCAGGGCCACAGCCGUGUACCCCGCAGGAGCAGCACCCUUGGUGACCUAACGCUGGUGGACACAGAGCUGGAGAGCGCUGGAAUUACUCCGUCGCACCAGGGCAGGUUCCUGAAGGUGUGCGAUGGAAACGCUGCUGGGACGCGGCGCUGCCCGGGGCCGGGGAGCGCCGGGCGGGCCUGGAGCGGCCGGGCAGCCCCCAGCGCUCCGGGCAGCGCCGCCCACACGCGGCUAAACUCCGUCCUGAACAAAGUGGCACAGCUAGAAAGCAAAAUCAUGGGUCAAAAAAAGCACCUGGAACUGCAGAACACUGACUCGGGCCUGAAGGCUUUGGAUGAGGAGUGCAGCUCAUCCACCUCUGGGCAUGAAGGUGGUGCCAGGGGCAGGAGGUACUGGAAGAAUUAUGGUGCCACCAGUGAAAUUGGGACCCGCAGAGAUGCUUGUUCUGGGGAAGAGGAAAGCAUGCAAAGCCCUAAAAGGAGUGUUAUGGUUAAACAACAGCUUGAUCUGGAUAGUGAUGAAGAGGAAAUGAGAGAACUGAUGGAGAGCUCUUUGGGGUUUUCCAGUGGAAGUGGGAAUCAGAAGGUUCUGAGUAAGACUCCAGUGCCACCAGGAAAGGCUCCUCCACCUCGUAAGGAAGUUUCAUCAGCAGAAUUAUCUAAAGCAUCUUCUCACAACAAAGACUCAGAGAAAAGUGUGUUUGGUAGAGUUAAUUCACCAGCACCUUCACCCACCAGCAGAAACCUGUCAGGACAUAUCAGGAGAUUUCAACUGCUGUCAUCUUCCACGAAGGACAACACUGUAAAGCGUGCUCUGCCUAAAGCAGGCUACACCAAGCACAUCCAAGAAUCUCUUGAAAGUGACAGAAGUGAAAUAAAGUCAUUAGAUGAAUUAUUUUCUGAAGGAGCUGAUGCAGAAGAUCCAUCCAGCAGCAGUUUGAAAUAUUUUGGACUGAAUAUCAUGAGCCUUGAUGAUUUGGCACCAGAUAAUACCAGUAAUUCAGCAGAAUUAAAGCAGAAAGGAAAAGACAUCCAGUUUACUCAAGAAUCAAACAAAUAUGUGAAAAAAGAUAAAUUGCUGGUGGAAGAGGACCAGGCUGCUCUAAAAAUGACCAGUGCAAUAACUGGUGUGGAAGAUUCUUCUGAAGAGCAAGUUGAAAAAUGUGGCUCUGAAGCUGAAGUCUCGGAACAUUUAAGUGGAGCUUCCUCAGAUUUCCCUCCACACAAACAGGAUUAUCUGAAUCAGAAUGAGAGUACUCUUAAUUCAGAAUAUUCUGAAGACUUUGAAAGGUCUCCAUCUGCAACAGACAGGGAAUCUGUAGAGGGACAUGCUGAGAGCUGCAGGUCUCCUAGAGCACACCCAUCUUCAGGGUCAUCCCUGCUGGUCACCCCAAAACAGCACAGCCGGGGACACCAAGUGACCGUCACAGAAACUGCAGUGCAGACAGCAGAGCCUCCCUUCACCUACUGCUGGGCAAAGGCAAACCCCACUGCAGUGCUCAGCCCACCCAUUGGAACAACCUACAUCGACCCAGUGCCAAUUGCCAGCCAUGUCAUCAGCAUGGAUGCAGUAGAAGCCCUGACCGCGUACAGCCCCUCGGUUCUUGUCUUACACACCAUGUGCAAGCAGCACCUGAUGCUGACCCAGCAGUUUGUCCAGAACGUUCACCACCUUCACACAGCCCUCGUGGAGUCAUUGGAGCAUGAGAAGUUCCACUACCAUACCCUGGAAGAGGCUAAAGAGUACAUCAAGAAUCACAAAUCCCCACCUCUAACAAUUGAGCAAGCACUUGAAGAAAUUCGGAGAGAGCCCAGGAGAAAUUAAGUGCUUGGGACAGUUACUGAACUUCAAGUGACAUUUAUAUUCACAACUCUAAGGCUGAAACAAGAAACCUUUCCAAGUUGCACGGAUAAAAGGUUAUAAACUGUAUUGGAAGAAUUCGUACAAACUGCUAGGUUAGUAUAAAUUAGUUAGUACACGUUGCUAAUUAUUAUAGAUAAUUUACUUUUUUAUACCUGAAUGUUUUACUUGUGUACACAAUACAGGGAUACACAGGAACCUUCAGCCAGACUAUGUCAGCAAAAGAGACAUCAAGAUAACACUUCUGCCUAAUGGGACUGUGAUAAGUCAUCACAGUGAUAAGUCAUUAAUGAUAAGUCAUUCACAUUUACCCAGUGAAUUGUGAGAUCUGUGAUCUCACCUAUGAUGGUGGUAGAAGUGAAAGUCUGUACUACAGCCCCUGAGAAACACAACCACAGCAGAAAAUUACCAUAUCCUGACUUCAGUGCCAUUAUCCAAACAGC